ACAGCAUAUCAUGUGAUUUACUGUCAUAGUUGUCAAACAUGGCUGCUCACUUGGCUUACGGACGGGUUAAUAUGAGCUUACUUCGGGAAGCAGCUCGGAGAGAGCUGAGAGAAUUUCUGGAUAAAUGUGCUGGAACUAAGGCAAUUGUAUGGGAUGACUGUCUGACUGGACCUUUUGGCCUGAUUGCUCAGUAUUCACUGUUAAAGUGAAGACCGGCAUCGCUCUCAGAGAGAGUUCUCCAUAUUGUUUGUGCCACAUCGCAGUCAUCUGUGUGAACACCGACUGGAUGAACUUGGAGUUUUGAAAUCCUUCCUGCACAAAGGGGAGUAUGCCUUGGAUCUAAUUCCUUUUGACUGGGAUCUCCUAUCUAUGGAAUCUGAAAAUAUGUUCCGGGAAUGUUACUUGGAGAAUGAUCAGACAAGCCUUUACCAUGCAGCCAAGGGUCUCAUGACUUUGCAGGCCUUAUUUGGAACUAUUCCACAGAUUUUUGGGAAAGGAGACUGUGCACGGCAUGUGGCCAAUAUGAUGCUUCGAAUGAAAAGGGAGUAUAAAGGAAGCCAAAACCAGAUCUUGCCUGUGUUUGACAUGCUGCUGUUACUGGAUCGUAAUGUGGAUCUUUUGACUCCGUUGGCUACCCAGCUUACAUACGAAGGACUCAUUGAUGAAUUUUAUGGUAUUCAGAACACUUAUGUUAAACUGCCUCCCGAGAAAUUUGCGUCAAAAAAACAGGGCGAAGGUGGUAAAGAUCUUCCUGCUGAAGCUAAGAAGCUUCAGUUGAAUUCUGCUGAGGAGCUGUAUGCAGAGAUUAGAGACAAGAACUUUAAUGCAGUUGGUUCAGUGCUAAGCAAGAAAGCCAAAAUCAUCUCUGCUGCAUUUGAGGAACGACACAAUGCAAAGACUGUGGGUGAAAUAAAGCAGUUUGUGUCUCAGCUUCCUCACAUGCAGGCAGCCCGAACCUCCUUGGCUAAUCACACUUCCAUUGCUGAGCUGAUCAAAGAUGUAACAACUUCUGAGCAGUUCUUUGAGCACUUAACAGUGGAGCAAGAAUUUAUGUCUGGAAUAGACACAGACAAGGUUAACAGUUAUAUUGAGGACUGCAUUGCUCGUAAGGAUCCACUGUUAAAGAUUUUAAGACUUGCUUGUAUGCAGUCUGUUUGCAACAAUGGCCUAAAGCAAAAGGUACUCGACUAUUACAAGCGGGAAAUUCUCCAGACAUAUGGAUAUGAACAUAUAUUAACUUUAAGCAACCUGGAAAAAGCUGGCCUUUUAAAACUACAGACUGCCAGUAGAAAUAACUACCCAACUAUAAGGAAAACGCUACGUCUUUGGAUGGAUGACAUUAAUGAACAGUACCCCAAUGAUAUCUCUUAUGUGUAUAGUGGUUAUGCUCCGCUCAGUGUUCGUUUGGCUCAAAUACUUGCUCGCCCUGGCUGGCGUAGCAUUGAAGAGGUUUUAAAGAUGCUGCCAGGUCCUCAUUUUGAAGAGAGACAACAAUUGCCACCUGGACUGCAAAAAAAGCGUCAACAAGGGGAGAAUCGAAUAACUCUGGUAUUCUUCCUUGGUGGAGUAACGUAUGCAGAAAUUGCUGCACUGAGGUUUCUAUCUCAAAUGGAGGAAGGAGGCACGGAAUAUAUUAUUGCCACUACUAAAUUAAUCAACGGGACGAGCUGGAUCAAGUCGAUGAUAGAUAAAUUAGAAACAUCUCUCUUUUAAGUUUCACUUAAGCAUUGCAACUUUAUCAAGACUGGUAAACAUCUUAACCAUUAUGAAAACACCUACUAGAGGAGCAACACUUUUUGAAAAAAAAAAUCCUGUUUGAAGCAGCUGUGUCAGCAGGUCACCACUCUUAAAAGGAUGUAGUUUAAACUUCACCUUGCAGCACUGUUCUGUUCUAUACCAGUGCCUACUUUUUGAAUUGCAUUCAUGUUAGAAGGUUUAUGCAGCACAGUCUACAUUAUUCAUCACUAGUGAUUGUAGAGUUAUGAACAGUUCAAUGAAUCUGUUUUCUCAUCACUGUAUUAUCAUACUGAAGCUACCUUUAACUGCAUUGCACUGUUUGUACAAUUUCCUCCUUGUUCUUGAUUUGUAAGUACCCUUGCAGGCCUCUGUAGGGUAAGGUGACUCUGAGAAUCUGCAGGUAGAUCUUCAAGGUAUGCACCACUAUGUCAAGUAUGCAACCUGUGUGUGUGUGUGUCUGUAUAUACAUGUAGUCUAACAGUUGGGGGCAGCCUUAUAUGAGGCAAGUAUUUCAUUAAAUUCAUCAGAAUUGCAAUGCAAAUACAUUUUGCAUAAGUGGCUGAGACAUGAAUGCAUUACUUGCUGAUUUGGUAGUUAAUGUUCUGUCUUGGUGCAGGUUUUUACUUAAUUUUUAUUAUUUGAACAUUUACAUAGAUGCAGAUUAUUUGCUGCCACCUCUGUUAUUCAUUUCAAGAAGUUGUAGUCUUUAUUGACUUAACUGAAAUUUCCAUACAAACGAGUAGUGAAGCCAAAAGGGGGAGUACAUUAGAAGUGGAUGGAUGAAAGUCUGGUUUCCAGUGAAAAUGUACCGUCUUGAAAUUAUAGACGGUUUGUUAUAGAUUAUAGACAAAGAGAAUAUAGUGGAAGAGGAUGUGUGUGUAUAGUGAAGGUGAGGUUUGGUAAAACAUUUGUUUAGAAUGUGUAGCUCAGUGUCAUACAUCUUGUACAUGUCAUACAGAAUUAAUUUUUAUUUCAUAACUGUUUUUAUUUGCUGUGAAAAAAAUUUACAAUAUUAAAUACCCAAUGUAUAGAACUUAACCAUUCCCUGUUUAUAAAUACCAGAUUUUUUUCUGAGUGCAUUUUCAGAACUGUUUUUGUAAAAUUAUUUAAGAAAACUGAUGCUGAUAUUUCUGUUUGUGUAUUAGGAUCAUUAAACUUUAUUUGUCCUGUCUGACAUAACUGAAAUAACAGUAUUUGUUUAGAUUCUACAUUUGAAUGAUUUUGGAGAUAUCACGUUUGUUACAGACUUACUGUUACAUAAACAUAAUUGUUUCAUUUAUCCACAGAUCACACUUGUCCAUUUUAAAUAAAAGCUUUUUCUGCCAUGCUGACAUUACAUUGCCAGCAAAGAAGACAGCUGUGUCUUAGUUAUGCCUCAUUUUAACAAAGACAUGCAACUUCUCUCAUCUUACUUAUAAUUAAGUUUCAGAAUGAUUUUCUGCAGCUGAGUUCAGCUAAUCUGUAACAUCAUACAUCCUUUUUGUGAAGAAGUGCUUCUAAUAUUUCACUUAAAAAGAUGCAUAUAGCUAUAAGUUAUGUCCUUGUGCUUCUGAACUUUUAAUAUCCAAACUUUUACUUUUGCCCUUGUGAACAAGAUGCAUGCAUAAUGUGUCAUCCAUCUGUUUGUUCUUUUAGAAUACCAUGUUUAGGUGAUGUAGUACUUUCUCGUGGUUGAGGCUUAAUGGCUAUUUUAAUGCAUUCAACUAUCCCCACUUUGUAUAACCCAUACUUACGGGUUCACCCAUCCUGAGUUGUGUGGAGCAGUUGCACUUUUUUACCACUUUAAGCUGUAAAUUUCACUUCAUCAGCUAUACAUUUGGAAAUUGGUGGUUGUUUAUAUCGGGACACACCAGGAUGUACAGUAGCAAUCCCCACCCCAAGUGUGAUGCGAGACAACAGUGUAGUUAUAAGUUCUUAACUCUUAGUUUUCAAGAAAUUGUGAUAAACAGGUUGUUUUUAAGAAGAUAAGACAUUAAAAAGAUAAUCAGGUCAAUGCCCAUCAGGGUGCUUCUGCAUCCCCUUCACAGCCAAGUACUACAAGGCAGUGGCACUUUAAAUUGUGAACAGCAUGGAGUGCAGGGGGAGGCAGACCCCCUUGCUUGAUCUGGAUAGCCAUCUUUCACUCUCAUGAAGUCAGUAAUGCCAGAUAUUAGAGUUUUAAACUUUUUACUUUAACCUUUUUAUAUUUUAUUUUUAGUGUUCACUGAAUUAGAAUAAUGGUUACAGAACCACCAUAAUUAGCCCAAACGGGAUGUCCUUCAAAUCAGCGCCACCCACACCUGCUUGAACUAGGAUGGUAUGUCGUAAAGUAUAUAGUCGCCAGGAAAUUUAUGCCCUGGUUCUGUUACAUUCCUUGCAAAUUCCCAGAGUCUGUCUUUUUCAGGCUACUACCUAUCUCUGUUGUUAACAGCUGUGUCAUUUUCUCAGUCUUUUUCUUUAUCGUAUGACAUGAGGAUGUGUGUUCCCUCAGUGCUGGUUGGUUACUUGUGUGCAUGGGGUUAGUUUUGUGACAUUGUAACUGUGAUGAUGAUAGAUGCAGCUUUCUUACUGGCAUUUGAGAGGAUUGUCAUUGACUAGGCAAGAGUCUGAGAAAUUAGAAGCUAAAUACGCAAUGAAAUCUGAGUUGGAAUGCUUGUGUAUUUAUUCAGUUAAAGACUUUUUGCUGUUUUGGCAGGCAGUUUGCUUUUGUUCUGUGAAUGUUCUUAUUGAAAUGAAGCUGGUGUACUUUUGGUUUUGCCGUGUUGCUUCUGAUGUAUACUGCCUCAAUUAUUCCUCACAAAAUGCAUAUUAACUUGCAGUUUCUUCACAAAUGAGUCAAAUAAAAUGUUUAUAAUGUGUUUGUUAAAGACAGUGUAAUAUGGAUGCAUGAUUAUGCCAAAUAUAGUUUUGCAUAAGUUGUAGCUUUAUAUUUCAAGUGCUUUACAACUGCAUUCUGUUUAUUAGCAAAUAAUAGUGUACUGUCAGAUAAAUUAAGGCAAAGUAAAGUCCUGAAGGAGUUAAGGGGUGUUAUAUGUUUGAGUCUGGUUUCAGAAUGUUAAUGGAGGAAAGAAAGAAAAACAGUGCAUCAGGAAUCUUUUGUAGGCUCUGGCCUUCUCAGGCUGGGGGAUGAGUCAUUGUAAGGAUGUCAGUAAUGAGAGUGCAUACUGGUACUGAAUGUAACAAAGUCAAAGGAUAAGAUUCUUAGGCCAGAUGGUCUACGUUUCACAAAAGUAUAUUGUCAAGUGUUCACGUGAACGUCUAAGUAAGGAUCAUGACAGCAUGUAAUAUUUUAAAAUACAUUGAUUUGUUAAAAGCUAUGUAAUGUCAGAGUUCUGCAUGAGGGAAGUUGAUAAGUAAAAGUACAAAAUAAUGCAGUUUUCUUUGUUUUGGGAGACUGAUCUGAAAUUUUGUGAAGGCAGUCUCCCAGCACUGUUUAUGGAAUAAAUGAGUACUUUGCACA